AUGUGUGUAGCAUCAGGCGUGCCAGACGAUGAGGCAGCGUUUUGCGGAAAGUUGACUGGCAGCAACCUCUUCUUUGGCAACUUUGUUUCCUUCCAAUUCCUCGCCGAAGGAAAGAGCCACCGAGAAGAUGGCCGGCCCAAGUGCGAUUGCGAGGGCCGCGUUCACUGGGCCACGGAAAAAUCAGAACUCAUUAUUACCUCAUUACUUCUCGGCUCGUACUUUAUCGGCAAGGUCUUUCAAACGAAAAGGACGAAGAAGGAUUAUCGACAGACGAAAUGCGCGUUUUGGAUUGCAAUUGUCGGCGUCUACAUGCGGACUAAUAUUAUUUCACUCGUGUACGAAGAUCCUCUCAAGAUCUCUGACGGAAAUUUGACAGUGACUGACUUCAGCUGCGGGAAUUUGAAAUUGACUCUGGCCGAUCACUUCAGCUACAGUCACGAUUUAUGCCACUUUUACACCGAUUAUCAGCCACUGUUGCGGGAAGAAACGCCGAAAAUCGUCCUCGAUACGCUGGAUCAAAUUAAAAAGAAGGAAAAUAAGGAUAAGCUCCGCGAAUUGAAGAAAGAUCUCCCGCCGAAAUCAGCAUCGGACGGCUUCGCGGAUCUGGAGAUAAUAAAAGCCGACUUCAAUCCGUCGAAUUUCAACGAUUUGAUGAAAAAAAUGAAGCUCGACAAUAUUAUCGAAGGCGACCCAGAAUGCACUUCCGAAACUGGCGACGACUGUAAAAAUGAUUGA